AUGGAAGAAAGUGAUGAACCUGAUCAGCCUGUCUCAGCAGGGAGGCAAGAAAUUCGAAAGAGAAGAAGAACCAGCCAACCAAUGGUAGACAAAUCCCAGCAGACUGAAGUGACAGACAAAAAGAAACACUUGCCGAUACCACAGUCGUCUAGCCCCAAAGCUAUCCUUAGUAUCGGUAAUAUUCCUGGAAGCAAAGUCAACUAUGAGUCUUUUAAAAUAUCUUCUCAGCUUCAGCAAACUUGGACAAAGAGAAAGCGUGUACAAGAUAUGAAUGAUAAAUGUAUACUGACAGACACUACUGAAGAAGAGAAAAAAGAAGAGAUCAGGUCAGUUGGUGCAACGAUGGGACCUGAAGAAAAGCCAGCUGCUGUUAGGGAAGCAGCCCCUGAGUUUCCAGAGAGUGUUCAGGAAGUAGAAAUUCCACCAACCAGAGACUCAAUUCAACUCAAGAGAGACAGAUCUCAGCAGACCAGUUGCAAUGGAGACUGGACAGUGGUUAUCAUUCCUCAAAUACAAAAGGUGGACAAGGAACAGCAGACUUACUUUAGUGAAUUAGAAAUAGUGGCUACUGGAAAGCCAACUAGUUCUUUUUCAAAGUCAGAGGAGGGUGUGCAGAAACGUAAAUCCUCAGGGAAGAUUUUCAUUAGUGAGCAUCCUGAAUUUCAACCCACAACAAGCAACAAAGAAGAAAUUAGGCAGAAAAGUAUCAGCCAAUCUUCAUUUAGUCAACAAAUGAGAAAACCGACUCCAGUACUUUUAGAUGAGCAAGAUGUUCCAGUUGCAGUACAGCCUCCCAGGGCAGAAGAGCCUCUCCCUGCUGAAGAGUUUCCUUCAGAAAAGCCAUCUGCUGAAGUUCAGCCUACAGCAGCUGAAGAGCCUCCUGGAGAGGAGGCCCCAGCUGAAGUUCAGUUUCUGCCAGCUGAAGAGGCCCCUGAAGAAGAAGACUUUGCUAAUGUAGAACCUACCCCUGCUGAAGAGGCCCUUCCAGAAGAGCCUUCUGCUGAAACCAUGGCGGGAGAGGCCCCUGUCAAAGUUCAGCCUCCAGAAAUGGAGGAGGCCUCUGAGGAAGAGGCCCCAGCUGAAGUACAGCCUCCUCCAGCUGAGGAGGUAUCUGCAGAAGGGGCUUUAGCUGAACUUCUGUCUCCACCAGCUGAGGAAGGCCCUGAAGAAGAGGUUUCACCUGAAGUUCAUUUUCUACCAGCAGAGGAGGCCCCUGAAGAAGAGGCCCCAGUUGAAGUUCAUUCUCUACCAGCUGAGGAAGCCCCUGAAGAAGAGGCCCCACCUGAAGUUCAUUUUCUACCAGCAGAGGAGGCCCAUGAAGAGGCCCCAGUUGAAGUUCAUUUUCUACCAGCAGAGGAGGCCCAUGAAGAGGCCCCAGUUGAAGUUCAUUCUCUACCAGCUGAAGAGGCCCCUGAAGAAGAGGCCCCACCUGAAGUUCAUUUUCUACCAGCAGAAGAGGCCCAUGAAGAGGCCCCAGUUGAAGUUCAUUUUCUACCAGCAGAGGAGGCCCAUGAAGAGGCCCCAGUUGAAGUUCAUUCUCUACCAGCUGAAGAGGCCCCUGAAGAAGAAGCCCCAGUUGAAGUUCAUUCUCUACCAGCUGAAGAGGCCCCUGAAGAAGAGGCCCCACCUGAAGUUCAUUUUCUACCAGCAGAAGAGGCCCAUGAAGAGGCCCCAGUUGAAGUUCAUUUUCUACCAGCAGAGGAGGCCCAUGAAGAGGCCCCAGUUGAAGUUCAUUCUCUACCAGCUGAGGAAGCCCCUGAAGAAGAGGCCCCACCUGAAGUUCAUUUUCUACCAGCAGAGGAGGCCCAUGAAGAGGCCCCAGUUGAAGUUCAUUUUCUACCAGCAGAGGAGGCCCAUGAAGAGGCCCCAGUUGAAGUUCAUUCUCUACCAGCUGAAGAGGCCCCUGAAGAAGAGGCCCCACCUGAAGUUCAUUUUCUACCAGCAGAAGAGGCCCAUGAAGAGGCCCCAGUUGAAGUUCAUUUUCUACCAGCAGAGGAGGCCCAUGAAGAGGCCCCAGUUGAAGUUCAUUCUCUACCAGCUGAAGAGGCCCCUGAAGAAGAGGCCCCACCUGAAGUUCAUUUUCUACCAGCAGAGAAGGCCCAUGAAGAGGCCCCAGUUGAAGUUCAUUCUCUACCAGCUGAAGAGGCCCCUGAAGAAGAGGCCCCAGCUGAAAUUCAGGCUCCAUCAUCUGAAGAGCCUACUUCAGUAAUGGUCCUUGAUGACAAACAGCCUCUACCAUAUGAAGAGGCCUCUAUUACACAAAUCUCUACAUAAGAUAGCCCUUAUGAAGUUCAGCCUUCACCAUCUGAACAAACCCAUUCUCUGGUAGAGAAUGUGUCUACUGAAUAUCAAUCUCCCCAGAUGACAGACAUCCCGGUGGUAAAAUUAGAAUCAGUGACUUCAGAAAGUGAACCAAAAUAUGAAAAGCCUGUAGAUCUGGGUCCUGUUUCUGAAGAUUUGUCUAAUAUCAAGAAAGUACAGGUUUUUAUUAUUUAA